CCUUUUCGAAAUCCACUCAUCUUCCCAAUCUCCUGCAUCAGUCAGAAUCGUGUUUAUUGGCCAAGUGAAGAGUGCAGGAAGUGCAGAGAUAAAUAUUAAAUGGACUUCUCUGUCGGACAGCAUCAUGUGGAUCUUGAUCCUCAUACCAUUUUUGCUUGCAGAGCCCUCGACCUCAACCUCGCUAGAUUUAACACAAGCAAAAGGCUUGCUCAACACUACUGUGAAGUUGCCUUGUGAAAAGCCGUGUCAUGGUGUUGUGAAAUGGGUGAAGGUGAGAUCCCCUCCUUCCCAAACGAUUGCUCACUGUGAAAACGGAACCUGUGCUGAUUUUGGGAACAAAGCCACAGUCGGCCUCUCUGGGAACAUCUUCCUCUUGCUCCCUCAAGCAGCACUCAGUGAUGAAGGAGGGUAUGAAGGCCACUGUGAUGGUAAAGUUAUUUGUGACGUCACACUGGAGCUUUUAGCUCAUCACAACACUGCGGAGGUCCGUAUAGGUGACGCCCUGUUCAUUGGUCUUCUAAGUUCAGAGCCAGUGAGAGUGACGUUCCGUAAGGCCAGUCACUCCACUGAUGACUUGGUGUGUGUCGUAGAGGGAGCUGUGCCCUUAUGCGUUAGAGAAUACAGCAGGAGAUCUUCUGUCCAGGACUACACUGUGACCUUUACUAACGUGACUGAAUCCGAUGAAGGAGUUUUCACUGUGAGAGACAGCAACACCAUGCGGAGGCUCAACAUCGUGAAGCUUACCAUCAAAGAUGGGUUACAAAAUAAGAUGAAUGAAGAUGUUGGUACUUUUAAGGACAACGUAAAUGUGCCUGUCCCAGACACUUGGCAGUUCUCCAUUCCGUGGGAAAUCGCUCUGUUCAUCGGGGGUUUCAUCCUGAACAUAUUCCUCUGGAAAAUCCUAGCAUUUGGCAAGAGAACAUAUACUAGGAUAAGAAACACAUUCUCUCCUCCUCCACAACCGGAAGAGACACUUGGGCUAGCCCCGUUUCCAGGAACCAACAGAUCGUCAAUCCAAAGGAUGAGAGCAGAAGAAUCAGCGCUGGGCCCUGGGCCUGUUCAAACAAAGGAUGUUGUCCACUCAUUGCAGUGAUGUGCAUCGGGACCAUUUAAAGGAUGUUGUCCACUCAUUGCAGUGAUGUGCAUCUGGACCAUUUAAAGGAUGUUGUCCACACAUUGCAGUGAUGUACAUCGGGAUAUAAAGGAUGUUGUCCACACAUUGCAGUGAUGUGCAUCUGGACCAUUUAAAGGAUGUUGUCCACACAUUGCAGUGAUGUGCAUCGGGAUAUAAAGGAUGUUGUUCACACAUUGCAGUGAUGUGCAUCAGGAUAUAAAGGAUGUUGUCCACACAUUGCAGUGAUGUGCAUCGGGACCAUUUAAAGGAUGUUGUCCACACAUUGCAAUGAUGUGCAUUGGGACCAUUUAACCCUUUGAUGCCAGCCCCCAAAAUGACCGAUUUGGGGCGCUUUCAUUUAAAACAGUGAUGUAAAGACACUUUGUAACAUGUUAAUGUGUGAUAUCUCAUUCAAAGCUAAUAGUAACACAGCACAAUUUUUUUUCAUUAUUCAAUGGAAUUUCAAUGUAUGCAAAUGUUUAAUGUGCAAAUCAAUACAAUACAACAAUACACCACAAUAUAUACAAUAUUAUGUGAAAAUAUGAUAAAAAGUAAAACAAUGAAUGAACUGGUCAAGGAAAGCUUUGACUUUUCUCAGCUUAUCAUUUCCAUCCUCAGCACUGGGGUCCACUACAUGUAACAUGGCCAUUAGGGCCUUGAACCGCUCCCAUGACAUAGUAGACCUUGCCCAAAGCCCAUGGUACAGGGUCUUCAUGCUCCAGUAUCGAUGGAAAGAGCUAACAUCCAUCAGACCACAAUAUAUUAGGGCAAUCAUUUUUUGUAUUUUUUCCAGUCCAUACCCCAGUCUUGUCAGCAUAUGACUGCUUGUCCUCAAUGACACCCCAUGCAUAUGAGUUAGUGUGGGAACAAUUGUCUUGAAGGAUAUGCACAAAAGAAAACCCG